AUGCCUGUCACAUUCAAGGUCGCAAAACACUCUGCCGAGCCUGUCCAUCCGCAGUCCCUGGACAAGGUCCAGGACGCGAAAGACCUGCUGACAAGGGCGCGCCUUAGUCCGAGAGGACGAUGCAUCGAAGUCUUUCAGGGCUCAGUGUGUCCCGAGGCGCUGCCGUCGAUGGAAUACUGCGGGAACGGAUUCGUCCAUGCCGCUAUGAGGGCACACGGCGGGCAUCAUAACCUCGUUAUAAGGCCAGAUGAUGUCUGGAUCGCCAUAUUGAACCAAUUUAGUUUCUACGUGAACGCACACGCCGAAGAACUGCGGGGCCAAUUCGUAGAGCACGGGGGGAAGAAAACGGUGAGGGUGGUUGCCGAAGGAAAUCGAUACAUGGUCGAUUUCGGAGAGAUGACGCGUCAGAUGGCCGAGCAACUGCGCGAGAAUGUCGUCGAUAAGACACUCACCGAGUGGAUCCUCCCCGAUUUCACCACCACGACCACCGCCGACACGACGAUAUGUUCGGCUCUGAUGAUACGCUGA